ACGACGACUAUUUUAUCAAUGAACUUAGUUCGUGCUUUAUAUCCGCACUGUGUAGAGCUUUAUAUUGUGUAAUCGGUGAAUGGAAAUUAGUUUGAAUGAUGGUGCUAUUAACGCUAUUACUGUUGUUGCUAUUCGUUGCUGUGUCGUAUCUCUAUAUCAGUUAUAAGAUCCGGUAUCAAUUUUGGAAGAAACGAAAUGUUCCUUAUUUACAGCCAACAUUCCCCAUCGGCAAUAUGCUCGAUUCGUUUAAGCAAAAGCAUUUCGCAUAUACCGCUCAGGACUUUUACAACAAAUUGAAACAUCACGGUGACUAUGCGGGAGUGUUUUUCUUCAAGAAACCAGUGUUGGUGGUUCUGUCGCCUGAGUUUGCGAAAACGGUUUUGGUGAAGGAUUUUCAGUAUUUUGUGGACCGUGGUAUUUAUUACAACAAAGAAGACGAUCCCUUAUCGGCAAACCUAUUUUUCAUCGAAGGGGAUGAAUGGCGCCAGCUACGGACGAAAAUGACCCCGACCUUUACUUCGGGGAAAAUAAAAGUGAUGUUCCAUACGAUGUUGGAAGUGGCUGAAAAUUUGGUGGAACAUUUAAGCAACCUGGCGCCGAAUUUAAAUGAGCCAAUGGAAAUUCGUGACUAUCUGGCAAGAUAUACCACUGAUGUGAUUGGAUCUUGCGGUUUUGGAAUCGAAUGUAACAGCAUUGCCAAUCCGCAAUCGGAAUUCCGAGCGAUGGGCAAGAAAAUGUUCAAUUUUUCGCAGUUUAAAAAUUUCAAAAUAUUCCUCGGUAUGCUGAUGCGAAAACAGGCUCGAGCUCUGCGAAUGGUGUUCAACGACGAUGAGGUGACAAAUUUUGUGAUGCAAAUUGUCGAGAAGACAAUCAAACAUCGCAAAGAGAACAACAUUCAGCGGAACGAUUUUAUGCAGUUGAUGAUCGAUUUGUACAGAGAUGAAACGGAAGGUGUGACUGAGGAUUCAUUGACGCUGAAAGAAAUAGCGGCACAGUCGUUUCUGUUCUUUUUUGCUGGUUUUGAAACCUCGUCCACAACAAUGACAUACGCUCUACAUGAAUUGGCAGUUAAUCCAGAUAUUCAAGAUAAAUUACGAAGUGAGAUCAACGACCGAUUCAAUAAAAAUGACGGAGCGUUCAGUUACGACAGCGUCAUGUCUAUGACGUACAUGGAUCAAGUGAUAAAUGAAACGUUGCGCAAAUAUCCACCCGUUGCAUCCCUUCAUCGAGUGCUCACCAAAGACUACACACUACCCAAUGGCUCCAUUCUCCCUCAGGGUAACUUCGUUAUGUUACCGACCUACGCUUUCCACCACGACCCGGAAUUCUAUCCAAAUCCAAGCAAAUUUGAUCCCAACAGAUUUUCGGAAGAAGUUAAAGCAACCAGAAGUCCGUUCUGUUUUCUACCGUUCGGGGAAGGACAACGUAUUUGCAUUGGUUUAAGAUUUGGAUUUAUUCAAGCAAAAGUGGGAUUGGCCAUGUUGUUGCGACACUUCAAAUUUAGCUUAUGUGAUAAAUCGAAUGCUACCCUACCGAUAGACAACAUUCACAUGUUAUAUGUGCCGCUCGGAGACGUUUGGUUAAAUGUGGAGAAAAUUAAAUGUACUUAGUGCUCAAUAAGGAUGUGAUAGGGGGCUCUACACAAAUUACAAACGUUUUUAUUAGUGGUUUUAGAACCUUAUCGUACGAUUUUUCGAACGAAAUCCUCGACACCCCCAUCCCCUCAAAUGCUGUACGUAAUUUUCGUACAGCCCCAAUUUUAGGCCAUUCACAAAGUACGCGUAAUUAAUUAGAAUGCGGUCAAAAAUUCGUCAUCCUAUGCGUGCGUACUUUGUACGACAACUCCUUUGUUUUGUAAGAAAAUAUUCACAUUACGUUGACAAGUGGACUGGACAACAUAAAUUCGAUUAAAUUUGUACUCACUUUACGUGAUAAGAAAUACUUGUUGGUACAUUUGUAAGUGCAGCUACGAUUAGUAAGAUUACAUUAAAAACGAAGAUAAGGUUUCGAUAGAAAAAAGAGUUUUGCUAAUACAGUUAUAAAGGAACCUUGAACUUGAGACAAUUUUUUUAGACACCAAGGUCUCGACCGGUAUCGUGGACUAUUUUUUAAAUAGAACAUCAUGUUCAUGUUGAAAUCGACUGAAAUGUCAACUGUGGCAAUUUAAGUAAGAAAAAA